UAAUAGUUGUCCAAUUAGUCCUAUUAGUUAGCUGUCAUAUUUGCAGAGAUUGUGAGAAUAUUAGAUUAGCCUAAUUAGGAGGAAUAGUUGUCUAUUUCCUUUUUCAUUGUAUACUUCCUUUUAUGACCUUGUACAUAACUCCUAUAAGAAGGAGUCCGUAACCUUUUGGAAAAAUAAGGAAAAAUAUAUUUCCUCAGAUACAUCUUCAUGGUAUCAGAGCCAGGUUGAAACUCUGGCAAACCUUCAUUAGUCUUGCGCUCUUUGUUUCUACCUUAUAUUCACCAUGUCCGAUAAAACCUCCGAGAAUAUUCCUACUCCCAGCAACAUGCAAUCUUCAGAAAAAACUCCGACACACACUGAAUCUCACCCAAUUCAGAUCACUACGAUCAAGCUGAAUGGUGAUAAUUUUCUUCGGUGGUCACGAUCAGUUCGGAUGUAUGUCCGAGGGAGAGGGAAGAUGGGAUAUUUGAUUGGGGAUAAAACCGAACCAGCAAAAACAGACCCGACUUGGGCUGUUUGGGAUGCUGAGAAUUCAACGGUGAUGACAUGGCUGGUGAAUUCUAUGGAGGAAGAAAUUGGAGCCAAUUAUAUGUGCUUUCCCUACGCUAAGGAAUUGUGGGAUAGCGUAAAUCAAAUGUAUUCUGAUUUGGGGAACCAAUUCCAAAUCUAUGAGCUGAAGUUGCAACUCAGUGAGAUUCGGCAAGGAGACGAUACGGUCACAAAGUAUUUCAAUGUCUUAAGAAGGCUGUGGCAGGAUCUUGAUCUCUUCAACAAUUAUGAGUGGCGGUCCGUUGAAGAUUUCCAACACCGUAAAGAGGUAACUGAGGCUGAUCGUAUUUUUAAGUUUCUUGCAGGCCUUCGUAAUGAGUUUGAUGAAGUUAGAGGGAGGAUACUUGGUAGACAACCCUUCCCACCUAUUGGUGAAGUCUUUUACGAAGUUAGAAGAGAAGAAAGUCGGAGGAGUGUCAUGCUUGGUAAACCCAAUACCGAAGCAAAAGCCCCUGCUGGAGGGCAUUCUGAUGCCUCAGCUUUGGUUGGUUCUGAAGCAAAUGUUGGCAAGUUGAGUUCCACUACACGCAGGAUAGAUGAGAAGCCUCGUGUGUGGUGUGAUCACUGUAAUAGGCCCCGACAUACUCGGGAAACAUGCUGGAAAAUCCAUGGAAAGCCAGCAUCGUCUAUGAGAGGCAGCAAGAUGGGAAGCAGAACCUAUCCUUCGGCCAAUGAAGCUGAAACUAAUCCAUUCAGCAGGGAGCAGAUUGAUCAUCUCUUGCAACUACUGAAGUCUAACUCAGUCCAGGGUAAACCAACAGCAUCUAUUGUCCAAAAAGGAGCAGAUUUCGGGGAAGACGAUUAGCGGUGCUAAAAUGGUCGAUGGUCUCUACUACUUUGAUGAGUCCGUCUUCAAUAAAAAAGCUCAAGCGUGCAGUACUUCCUGUUCAUCUCCUGUCCAAGAACAGAUUUUACUAUGGCAUCAUAGACUAGGACAUCCUAGUUUUGAAUAUUUAAGGCAUUUGUUUCCGUCUUUAUUUAAGGGUGUAGUUUUGUCAUCACUUCAUUGUGAAAGUUGUCUUCUUUCUAAAAGUACUCGAGUCUCUUAUACUCCGAAACCCUAUCGUGCAUCCAAACCUUUUUACUUAAUUCAUAGUGAUUUUGGGGUCCCUCACCUAUUACUACAAUGACCGGAAAAAGAUGGUUUGUGACUUUCACCGAUGAUCACACACACUUGAGUUGGGUCUAUAUGAUGAGUGCUAAGUCCGAAGUUGAAAAAUUGUUCAAGGAUUUUUAUCACAUGGUCGCAAAUCUCUUUCAAACUCAAAUCGGUAUUUUGCGUAUCGACAAUGGCAGAGAAUUUUUCAAUACGUGUUUGGGGACUUUUUUGAGGGAAAAAGGCGUACAACACCAAUCCUCUUGCCGUGACACACCCCAACAAAAUGGUAUUGCUGAAAGAAAAAAUAGGCAUCUUCUUGAAGUAACUCGUACUCUAAUGUUUUCUAUGAAUGUUCCUAAGUACUUGUGGGGCGAGGCUGUGUUGAUUGCAUCAUAUUUAAUUAAUCGAAUGCCUACUCGAGUUCUUCGAUAUAUCACACCUUUAGAGUGUUUCAAAAAGAAAUUUCCAACAGCCCGUAUUCAUUCAGAUUUGCCUUUAAAGGUCUUUGGCUGUACUGUUUUUGUUCAUUUACCUGCUCCCUUCCGAUCUAAGCUUGAUCCUAGAGCUGUAAAAUGUGUUUUCAUUGGAUACUCUCCAACUCAAAAGGGCUACAAGUGCUAUGAUCCUCAAACCAAAAAAACCUACGUUAGCCUUGAUGUCUCGUUUCUUGAAUUACAACCUUUUUUUCCAAAAAAAUUUCUUCAGGGGGAGCGGGAUAGUGAAGAUAAUUUUUUGGGUGUAUCUCUUCCUAAUCCAGUCCCUAUUCUGACUCCAGCUGAAUCCAUUCUUUCUCCUGUGUCAGCCCAAACACCUUCUCUGCCAAAAAGUAUUGAUGUUUCAAAGACGGGGGGAGAAAAAGUAUUAGAUUCUGAGUUUCAGGUUUAUUCUAGAAGAAAGACACUUCAAACGGCAAGAGACCAUCCUAUUUUGGAACCGCAUCGAUC